AUGGUGUUUGAAUUUUGGUGGAAUGAUAUUUGUUUGCGAGUCUCUGGUUGUGGACGUGCUGCCUUGACGCGUCCUUCGUCGCCAUCCUAUACCCAUUUCUCUUUCUUUUGGGAAGCUCCGUAUACCACUCCUCGGCGACCGUUGCUUGCCAGCACUCACGAAAUACCCAUUGCCAUACCUCUACACAACACGAUGGCAAGGCCUCGAGAACACUUGCCCCGGCUCAAUAUUCCGCAGAAUUUGAGCAUGCAACAACCGGUGGGCGGGCAGGGCGCGUUCUCCCCAGCACUCCCAACUAGUCUCCAGCAAGGCUAUCAUCCCCCAUAUCCCAUGCACAGCUCACUUCAAACUCCCAUGCAAGCAUUCUUCAUUCCUCAAGCCCCAUCAGCCCCGGGUCGCCCAACACACCAGAGCAAUGCCAGCGUCGCCCAUUUCACCGCUGCUGGAAUUCAUCCUCUUAAUACCUUUACUCCUGUCACAGGCCAUUUUCCUCGUCCUUCCGUGAUGCUGGGACCGCCUCCUCCCUUUGUGGGACAGCAAUCAUCUGGUCAUCCAUUCCCAAACCGUAACAGGAGGCAGCCCAGUAUUGGUGGGCCGCCAAAAGCAGUUCUUGGCGGUCCUUCUCGUAAACUUAGUCCCUUGCCCACCGUCGCCGUCGUACCCAUGGCUCCCUCGCCGACCCCUCAGAAGGUAAAGAAGGUAGUUGUGAACUUUCCCAAAGAGACCGUACCUGGUGAAGAUGGCCAACCCCCGACGCGUCCAUCGUGGGCUAGAUCACCACUCAUGAAUAACUUCGUUUACCGUGAUCAAGACGUUCCCCCGGUCGAUUUGCAGACAAAAGAGCUCUUUCCCCCUGACUCGUGGAGAUUUGAAAUGCCUGAUACUGUUGACGUUUUUCUGCCAGGAAAGCAAGCUAUUGAAGCGAAGCUCGAAAUGCUGGGAGUAGAACGUGGUUCAGGAAGUAAUAUUCCUUUCAUUCACGCUCCUCAUGCUCGGGCUGCAUCGAUAUCAUCUCCCGCGGAUCCUGCUCUCUUAUUCUUCAAAUUAAAUAAGCUCCAGCAAUCUCUGGACGUCUCGUCGGGUGGCAACUCUUUGUCAAACUCGCCUCAGCCACUCUUCGGGCUCUCGCCACCACCACGGUCCCGAUUUAUAACCAAUCGUCACGGCCACAGUAUGUCGCUGGCUCAACCCCCGUCCUACCGACCUCCAUUCUUCGAUGCUCCGCCCCCAGUGUUCAAUCCCUUUGGGCCGAAUGCAACCCUUGCAUCUGAUCAGGAUGUGCCAGAGAAUUCUACACAUUCGGCCGUGACUGAGAGUAUUCACGCUCCUCAAGGUCGUAUCCCAGUGACAAUAGCUUCUUUGGCCCCUCCACCGUUGUCGGCUGUCCCUCGCUCAGACAGCCGCCCUGAUUUUAUCCGUGGGUUUGGUUUGGACAUACCGGAGGAAGAGGAAGAAGAAGUGCAACAAGACGAAGUUCAGGACGACGGUGAUGGUGAAGCCACUCAAGACAUGGAGCUGGAAGAGAGCGGAACCAAUGAUUUCGAAGGCGCUAGCACAACUGCGCCUCAUAGCAGACUUCAUUCGCGUCAUGUGUCAAGGCUUUCUGCAGCUCUUUCCCUCCGCUCGGUGGGUGGGAAUCUAAAUGCCAUUUUUGGAGAGGAUGAUGCGGUUCAGGACGACGGAGCCACUCAUCCAGAGCAACAUUUAGGUCGGAAUGACGUGGAUGUGGAGGACGCUAUCGGGGAAUGGACCGGAUCUGAAGAUGUUUAUCUUGGUAACGAGAGUUCCGAUAAUGAGAGUAUUGGUGAAUGGUCAAAUCCAUCUGACGAGGAACGAGCGAGGCGUGAACGUGUCCGACGUCGUAUGAAUCGCACAAAUGCUCAGCAACUGGACCAACCAAGGCGCAUACCAAAUUUCCCGCGCCCUCCAGAAAACACAAUGAUGUUUUCCUCUUGCAGAGACGACGAUAUGGUUUCUAAUCCAAGUGAAGAAAAUCUCGUCCUUCAGAGUCAAACAGGGUUUUCGAGUAAAGGCGGUCUUUCGCCCCUCCCGCAUUCUCGUGUAGCGUCUGCGCAAUACUCGCUACAUGACCCGGCUAUGGCACAUUCCCGCGCCCAUUCCGAAAACUUCCAGUAUCCGAAUAUUACAAAUCACCAGUCGCAACCUUCUCUUGGUAGAAGAGAUUCUCUCAACCCCUUCGCGAAACCAUUUGUGUUUGGCAAACCCCUCGAGUCUUCUGGUUCUGGUUCCUGGGAGGGUAACAGCGGGGCUCCAAACGCACCUCUGCUGAGUCACUCCCGUCUUCCAUCAUUUGGUAAACCAUUAAAUGUUGCCGCACCCGAAUUCAAACCUGGAGGCUUCACCUUCAGACCGCCAGCGGGAGUACCUCAGAUGCCCGCCCCUGCGACCGGAUUCCCUCAAGACUCUAUCGCACCAGUUGAAAACCCUGAAAGCUCUCCCUUCAAGGUUCAAGGACGAGAAAAGAGGCAACGCCGUGGCUCCAGUGGUUCCAUGGAAGAGGGAGAUAGUAUGACAUCCUUCAGAUUCCCGCCAAAUUUAGAGUCUCCUCGAAGUAUCCGGCAUACGACAUCUAUAUCUGGCUCACGGCAUAAACUCAACCCGUCCGCUGAACCCUUUACAUUUGCUGGAUUCUCCGCCGUUGCCACUCUACCUUACGUGCCAAAGGCCAUCAGCCAACAAGACGCUGCUCCAGAAUUUGGAGAGGAAACAUUCAAUGACAAAGGCACAACCAAGGCGGAGGAAAAUGAAGACAAUCAGACUCAAGACUUGAACUUACCCUCUACCGCUAAACCGAAGCGUGCACCGAUACCUCUCGAUUUUAAGCACCCUGUUUCUAGCAAUACUGUCCCGGCUGGUUUGUUCAAAGCGUUGGUCAAUAAUGGCGAUGAAAGAACUCGCCGAGCUGUGCGUUCUCGACUUAGCUCUCGGGAAAUAUUUGACCACCUCAAUCGCCCUUCGAUGGAUGACAUACAUGUUCCUCCCAUCGCAAACCAAACUUCGCGUAGUCGACACGUCACAGAUCCGGGCGAUCGACCAAACUCAGCAGGAGAUGAAGACAUUUUUGGCUCGUCAAGACGCACGACUCACACGCGUCGUAGAUCCUCCUUACCUGAUGCCCUUCGUGAUGACAAUUCAUCUAUUUCAGGAGUAUCUGUGGCACCUCAGGAUCUGACAAGUCGGAUGGAGAUACAUAAGAUUGAACAUGUGCUGGGUCAACUUUUGGAUGAUAAGCUCACCGCACUGCGUCAGGAUCUGUCAAAACGGGAGCACAACGAUGCUCAGGGUUUGACACCAACAACAGAGGCUAUGAUUGCCGACGUGGUUUCAUUGUUCCGUACUCAACUUCAAGAAUCAGCUGGCCGCAGCCUGGAGGAUAGUCAGAUGGAUGCUCGUGGCGAGAUGGAUUUCGAAUUGAUCAAAGACGUUGUUGAGGAAGGCCACAGAGAGAUUUUGUCGGUUCUCAAGGCCCAACUGCAAGAGUUGUUUGAACAACUCCCUAAUCGCCCUGCCGAUAACAGCUUCCAAGACAUAGUCCCUAUUGUUGAACAGGUUGGUAGCAACACGACGCAAGCUGUUAUAGAAGCCAUCUCAGAAUAUUCCGUUCGCCAAGAAGCCAUUGGACGUGUUAUCCCUGCUCGAGAACGCGAUGCUCUGUUGGAACAACUUAUCUCUGUCCUUAACCCAAUGUUGGCCUCAAUGCAAACCGACCCUAUCGACUAUGAGUUCCUAACGACUCAUCUCACCCAGGCAGUCAAGCCGCACAUUUCGCAGCUCAUUGACUUGGCCUCCGAUAAACGCGAGACUGCUGGUCUCAUCGUGGACAGAAUCUUGCCUCUGCUACCCAAUUCCACAGUCGAUACGGACGCAAUUACGUUGCAAUUAAUCGCGGAGGUCCGCCGCGCCAUCGCUCCCAUUGACGCCUUUGAAAUCAAGGAACAAGUAGCAGACCUUGUAGUGGAACGCUUAGAUUCACGUCUCGCUGUUCGAGAUAAGGCGUUCAACAUCGAUACCGUUACUGGCAAAGUUACGAACGGCGUGGCAGGGUUGUUGGAACCAUUGCAAAGAGUUCCGACAACAUUGGACCAGGUGGUCGCUUCACAGGAUGCGCUCACUACGCAACAAAAUGAGUUAAGCACGCUUCACAAUACGAUAGCCACCGCUUUGUCUGAGCUUCCCUCUCAACUUGAUUCUUGCCUGGCAACUCUUCAGACAACUCAACAAAACAUUUUCGGUAAACUCGAGGCUGGAAUCAUCUCAGCAUCUCAGCCUAAUGACGGCAUUAUUGAGCUCAAGUCCACAGUUGAGGGCUUGUCUGCGAACUACCAGACUCUAAACCAUGGCAACGAUGAACUCAUAGCGAUGCACAAGCAAGUUUUGGACAAAAUAACCGUCCUGCCUGAUACCUUGUCUACCAAAAUGAAUGCAGUACACAAGAGUCUAGCUGAAAUGAUCACUUCCCGCGAUAUCUCGAAGCGAGAAGUGGAUGAACUCCGCAAACUCAACAAUGACUAUCAAGUUCAACUAACAAAAGCCCGCGCAGCUCAUGGACAAGUUCGGGUAGAGAAGGAUGUCUUGAAUGAGAGGCUUGGCGUCGUUGAGGGAGAACGUGAUCAUCUAAAAGUGCAGGUCGCUGAACUACAAUCCUCAGCCAAAGCGAGGGCAACGGAAACCUCAACCCUGGAGUCUCGAAAUUCAGAACUUGAAGAAGCACUUUCGAAGGCGCUAGCGCGGCUCCAAUCAGCUGACGUCGCAACACAAGCAAACCAGCAACGUAUUGCCGACUUGGAAAAAAUUAACAGGGAGUUGGUGGCUGAUAAACAGGCUUCGAAGUCCAAGGUGGAGUCCUUGGAGUUGCAGGUCACCUUUGCGUCACGCGAUAAGGAAAGUGCUGUCCAGGCACUAGAAGCUCUCCAAAAGCAGCACGAUACACUUGCAUCGCAGCAAACGCAUUGGGACGAUUGGCGACGCGCUUCCGAAAAGAUCGAUAUGCUUACCAACUUGAUUGGCCAAGCUGAUAAUGAUGAGCUGAAAGAACUUCGUAGGAAUCGAGAACGUAGCAAAGCCCUCGAGGGAGAGCACACUACACUACAAAAACGCUUCAAGGAUUUAGAAGUCAAGGUAUCUAACAGUGAACGGGCGGCUACUACUGCGCGGCAAAGUUUAGCACAAGCCCAGCAACGUUCUGCUGAAUGGGAACGACGGGCCAAGGAGUACGAAGGUCAAUUGGAAAUGACGCAAACUAAAUUGGAUCAAGCCGAACAAAUUCAAGCCCAGCUUGACGCUGAUUACUCUUUGAUGAAGCUCCAAUUUGAGGAACGCGAGGCUGAUGACCGCUUAGCGAAGGAUCGCGAAAACAAAAUGCGGGAUCAAAUAUCUGCUCUGGAGAGCAAAGUCAGAAAUCUUCAAACGGAGCUCCUCGAAGCAAAGACCUCCAAGGCCCCAAUUCCUAACAGGAACAUCACAAACGGUAAUAGCCAUCCUCCCCCUCGACCUGAUUCUCGAGCGAGCACGAUCUAUGAUGGUCGCUCAAUCACGCCGAACCGUCGCAUAUCCACGUAUUCGACCACAAGUGGAAGAACCAAUACACCACCGCAAGCCUCUGUUUGGCAAUCUAUGCACGCUCCCACUAACACCAACAUCGUUAGCAAACACGUAACAUCAUCGGCCAGCAUCCAUGCCCCUAAGAGUAGAUACCCCCCUCUUGGUCCAUCCACUCCCAAAGCGCGGCGCCCAGCCUACCCGUCGUCAUAUAAUCGAGCAGCAGCACCAUCGCCGACUCCGAGCACCGUGUCCGCAGCUCCCACACAGGGCGAGGAUGGCUGGUGGUCAUGAUAACGAUUAUUUUUGAUUAAUGUUGAUUCAAUUUUUUUUUACUGUCUUGCAUAUCUCAAUGACUUUUGCUGCUCUCCCAUGCAUAUUACUUGCUCAAAUAUCUCCAUAUAAUCUAUACCACCCAUCGCUUCCUACAUACUCACAUUCUUUUCAACGUUUUUUUGUUCUCACUAUAAUCAUCUUCUAGCGGAUUUGUAAAUAUACCUACCCUCGUUCAA